CGAUUGUUCGCGCUGCGCGAACCAACAGGUUUUGAUAAUUUUGAACUAAGAGCGCACUCCAGCCACAGCCAGUCAUAGAGACGUCCGCCAUCUUUCACUCCGCCGCAGCCAUCCGAGGAUGCCGCACAUUCCUCUCCGUCCAAACUUCUUCCUUCGCCGCCGCUAUCUGCCUUUUCCAUUUCUCCUACAACCCAAAUUCAUCCAUGAGCAUUCAUUUCCAUCCUCGGAACUCGACCUCUCUAACCCCACUUUCAUGAUCUAUGGUUCCAACACCGGCGUUGGAAAAACCCUAGUUUCCACCGGCAUCGCCACCUCCAUCCUCUCAGGUUCAGAGCCAUCUCACUGCCUGUAUAUCAAGCCCGUGCAGACGGGCUUCCCGGUCGACUCCGACUCCCGCUUUGUCUAUCGCAAGGUUUCGGAGAUCUUGCGUACCGGGAAGCCUCGUGGGAUCUUUGCCUCGAACCGAGUCGUCAAAGCUUCUAAGGAGGUGCUUAAUGCUGCAACCGAGCUAUCCAUGGACAAUAUUGAGGAAGGCUUAGGGUUCAGGGGUUCGUGCUGUUACGAGGAGACAGUAGUGGGGAAAGGGAUGGAAGAAGGGAAGGGUUUCAAGUUGAUUUGCUUGACGUUAUAUGGAUGGAAGGAGGCGGUUUCUCCUCACUUAGCGGUGGAGAGGGAAGGGAUGGCGGUGGACGAUUCUUUGUUGAGGGAAGAGUUAGGAAGUUGGUUAAGGGUUUCAGUAGGCGGAGAGAAAGAUGGGGGAGAUGAAAAGGGUGCUGUUUGGAGGUUGGUGGAAACUGCUGGGGGUGUUGCUAGUCCAGGGCCUUCAGGUUCUCUGCAGUGUGAUUUAUAUAGGCCUUUUAGGUUACCUGUUAUUCUUGUUGGAGAUGGCCGUUUAGGCGGUAUAUCUGCAACCAUAUCAGCAUAUGAGAGCUUGGAGGUUAGAGGAUAUGACACUGUGGCUAUUGUUUUAGAAGGUCUUGGCCUGCAGAAUGAAAUUUCACUGCUUUCUUACUUGAGAAACAGGUUACCUGUCUUUGUACUGCCACCAGUUCCUAAAGAGCCAUCAAACAAUUUGAUUGACUGGUUUAGUGAAUCUAGCAAAAUAUUUUCUUCCCUUCAGGAGGUGAUGCUGUCUUAUCACAGAAAAAGGAUACAAAGUUUGCAUGAUAUGCGGAAAAAGGCAUCUAAUAUCUUUUGGUGGCCAUUUACUCAGCACAAAUUUGUUCCAAUGGAGAUUGUUACCGUGAUUGAUUCACGUUGUGGUGAGAAUUUUGCAAUCCAUAAGGUGCGGCACAACAAGGAAAUGCUUGUUUCUCAGUUUGAUGCAUGCGCUAGCUGGUGGACUCAAGGACCUGAUGCAAUUCUGCAGACUGAACUUGCAAGAGAGAUGGGUUAUUCUGCAGCAAGAUAUGGGCAUGUGAUGUUUCCUGAGAAUGUUUAUGAACCUUCAUUCCGAUGUGCUGAACUUUUACUUGAAGGAGUGGGAAAAGGUUGGGCAUCUCGAGUUUUCUUUUCUGAUAAUGGGUCUACAGCAGUGGAAAUUGCACUUAAAAUGGCUUUGCGAAAAUUCUCAUUUGAUCAUGGAUUGACGGGCUUUGAGAAUGUGAACUCAAGUGGAAUUGACGAGAUAAGGGUUCUAGCUCUCAAUGGGUCUUAUCAUGGAGAUACUUUAGGUGCAAUGGAAGCACAGGCGCCAACAUCUUAUACUGGCUUUCUCCAGCAUCCUUGGUAUUCUGGGAAAGGCCUAUUUUUGAAACCUCCAACAGUUCUAAUUUCCAUGGAGAUAUGGAAUCUUUCUAUACCAGAUUGUUUUGAGUCUGAUAAUUUUGGGAAGGAUGAUUUACAAUUUAGCUCUUAUGGUGAAUUGUUAAGUAGGGAUAGGGACUCUUCAGAUGUUGCUAGAUGCUACUUCUCUUACAUAUCAAAUCAGUUAUUGGAAUUUUCUGCAUCGAAUCCAAACAAAUAUAUUGGAGCGCUAAUUAUAGAACCAGUUAUACAUGGUUCUGGUGGAAUGCAUAUGAUUGAUCCACUGUUUCAGCGAAUGCUUGCUACCGAGUGCAGAAAACGUAGAAUUCCCAUAAUAUUUGAUGAAGUGUUUUCAGGUUUUUGGCGCCUUGGACGUGAGUCUGCUGCAGAAUUACUAGAUUGCUUACCAGACAUAGCAUGCUUUGGGAAACUCAUGACCGGUGGUAUCAUUCCAUUGGCAGCAACUUUAGCUACAGAAACUGUGUUCAAUGCAUUCAGAGGUGAUUCAAAGCUCAUCGCCCUUUUGCACGGACAUUCAUAUUCUGCCCAUGCUAUGGGUUGUGCUGCAGCAGUAAAAUCGAUGCAAUGGUUUAAGGAUCCUACUACAAAUAUCAAUAUUGAGCAUGGAGAAGGAAAACUUAAAGAGUUAUGGGACAUGAAAUUUGUUCACCAUAUAUCAUCUCUUCCCGCUGUGAAAAGGGUUGUAGCUUUGGGAACUCUUUUUGCUAUUGAGAUCCGUGCAAAGGGCGCUGACUUAGGAUAUGCGUCAUUACAGGCUAGCUCUCUGGUCCAGCAGCUCCGGGAGGAUGGUAUUUUCAUGAGGCCCUUGGGAAAUGUCAUUUAUCUCAUGUGUGGCCCAUGCACUUCUCAACAUUUUUGCAGUCAACAGCUUAUCAAAGUACACCAAAGAAUCUCCAAGUUCAGUGAAGCUUGGGUGAAGGAAUCACAAUUUGAUCAAACUUAUGGAAACCAAAUUUUCUAGUUGAUUACUUCAAUCCAUCCCUCCUGUCAAAAAGUUUCAGUUCACUCUAUUAUUUGAGUGAGGAACAUGACAAAUUAUUUUGUGCGGAGUCCGGAUGUCAUCCAAAGAUCAAUAAAAAUAUGUCACGUCAUCCCAAAAGUGUACUGCACUCUGUACCGAGCGCGAUAUCGAGCAUCGGAACCGCUCGGUACCAAGCGGUACCGGACGGUUCUCCCAUCUGGUGUCCGCACAGAAUAAUCUCUCUAGGAACAUAGUUGUUUUUUAUCAGUGGCAGUCUUCUCAUGAAACAUUAUGUUUAGCUACGGAAUGCAGAAUAUAUUCUUUGCAUACUAAGGUUCGAGUUUGUAUUCUUCCUCUAGGUAUGUACUUUAAUUCUUUUAUUCUCCCUGUCUGGCGUAGUUGAGUUCUAUCUAACUCUACGAGCCAAUCAAGUAGCUACUUUGUAAUGAAGCUUUUUUUUUUUUUUUGUUAGAAUAAAGAUUGUCCUGUAGGUAGUGCCUGUGAAAUUAUGCUUGAUACAGCUAUUUCUAGUUGGCAUAUGGCACAGAUUUUUUGUUUACUUUGCCUUCCAGUUUAUUUUGUUUGUUGACAUCCA